CCAUUUACAAUAACCCCAAAGCCCAGCCUCUCCUCUCAAACUCACUGCGAGAAAUUCUCAGUCCUAAGGCCAAGUGAUGAGAUGGGAAAUUGGUGAUGGAAACCCUAAUUCGUUGUUGCAUUUGAGGGCGGUGAAUUUGUGUGUAGGUGGGGUUUUUAUGAAGCCUCCAGAGCUUGUUCCGAUUUUUCUUGACAAUUCAAACAUCUGUAGUAGUUUUCUACCAUAAAUUAUGGAUAUUCAUGAGGUUGAAGAGAGUUUGUUCGCGGUCAGUGAUGCCAAGUUACAUGGAGGGAUGUGCAGGACGCUCUCCACGAUUUAUUGCAAAAUACUGGAAAUUUUCCCUGUUCUGGAAGCAGCAAGGCCUAGGAGCAAAUCAGGUAUUCAGGCAUUAUGCUCAUUGCACAUAGCGCUGGAGAAGGCCAAGAAUAUUCUUCAGCAUUGCUCGGAAUGUAGUAAACUUUAUUUGGCUAUUACUGGUGAUUCAGUGGCUUUAAAAUUUGAGAAGGCACGAUGUGCUCUUGCAGAUAGUCUGAGGCGAGUUGAAGAUAUUGUUCCACAAACUAUUGGUGUCCAGAUUUCUGAGAUAGUAAGUGAACUUGAGGGAACUGCAUUCACACUUGAUCCAUUGGAGAAGCAAGUUGGUGAUGAUAUAAUUGCAUUGCUCCAGCAGGGCAGAAAAUUCAACAACAGCAAUGACAAUAAUGAGCUCGAGUCUUUUCACCAAGCUGCUUCUAGACUUGGUAUCACCUCUUCAAGAGCAGCCCUUACAGAGAGAAGAGCUCUUAAGAAGCUCAUAGAAAGAGCUCGUAUUGAGGAAGACAAGCGGAAAGAAUCAAUUGUUGCUUAUCUUUUACAUCUCAUGAGAAAAUACUCCAAGUUAUUUAGAAGUGAGUUAUCAGAUGACAAUGAUUCACAGGGUUCAGCUCCUUGUUCGCCGACUGUUAUGGGUUCUCUUGAAGAUGGUGUUGGACCUGCAGUCUAUGGUCAUGCCUUUGAGAGACAGCUCUCAAAACUUGGUUCUUUCAAUUUCAAGCCAAAUAAUAGGAGAUCUGGGCAGAUGCCACUUCCACAAGAAGAGUUGAGGUGUCCAAUAUCAUUGCAGCUCAUGUAUGAUCCAGUGAUAAUAUCUUCUGGGCAAACGUAUGAAAGAAUCUGCAUUGAGAAAUGGUUCAGUGAUGGGCACAACACUUGCCCGAAGACUCAACAGCAGCUAUCUCAUCUUUGUCUAACUCCUAAUUACUGUGUUAAGGGUCUCAUUGCGAGCUGGUGUGAACAGAAUGGAGUUCCUGUUCCUGAUGGCCCUCCAGAGUCUCUUGAUCUCAACUACUGGAGGCUCGCCUUGUCUGAGUGUGAGUCAACAAAUUCGAAAUCAAUGGACAGCAUUGGUUCCUGCAAGAUGAAGGGGGUAAAGGUGGUUCCUUUAGAGGAGAGUGGCAUAAUUGAGGAGGUUGAGGGAAAUGAAAUGGAAAAUGUGCAUGAACAGGAUGAAGAGUCUGAAAACGUGUUUGAAAGAUAUGAGAACUUUCUGGCUAUCUUGGAUGGAGAGGAAGACUUGAGGAAAAAGUGCAAGGUGGCAGAACAGAUCAGACACUUGCUAAAGGACGAUGAGGAAGCCAGGAAUUUUAUGGGAGCUAAUGGGUUUGUUGAAGCAUUGAUGCGCUUUUUAGAGUUGGCUGUGCGAGGAAGGAAUGAAAUGGCUCAGGAAAUUGGGGCUAUGGCUCUGUUCAAUCUUGCUGUUAACAAUAACAGAAACAAGGAACUGAUGUUGGCAGCGGGAGUACUCCCAUUGCUUGAGGAAAUGAUCCCCAAUUCCAACUCCCAUGGAUCAGCUACAGCCCUCUACCUGAACCUUUCUUGUCUUGAAGAAGCCAAGCCCAUGAUUAGCACAAGCCAAGCUGUCCCCUUUUUAAUCCAUCUGCUUGGAGCUAAAACUGAACCGCAAUGCAAGCUCGAUGCCCUCCAUGCCCUCUAUAAUCUCUCCACCCAUCCCGCCAAUAUCCCCAACCUACUUGCAGCUGGCAUUAUCAGCGGCCUCCAUUCCCUUCUCACAGACCCGGCUGACAACACAUGGACAGAAAAAACCUUGGCUGUCUUUGUAAACUUGGCUUCAAAUAAAUUAGGAAAAGAUGAAAUCAUGGUAGCCCCUGGCCUUAUUAGUGGGUUGGCAACAAUAUUGGAUGUUGGUGAGGCCAUUGAGCAGGAGCAAGCUGUUGUCUGUCUUCUGAUCUUAUGUAAUGGGAGUGAGAAAUGCAGUCAGAUGGUCCUCCAAGAAGGGGUGAUACCUGCAUUGGUUUCCAUAUCAGUGAAUGGGACCGUGAGAGGGAAAGAAAAGGCUCAGAAACUUCUGAUGCUGUUUCGGGAGCAGCGGCAGCGAGACCCAUCACCUGUUGGGAGUCCUCAUCAUACUGAAAGCAGUACUGAGGCUGUGCCUGGUCCUGAAUCAAAGCCAUUGGAAUCAAAAGCGCUGGAAACAAAGCCAUUGGAAUCCAAGCCAUAUUGUAAAUCGAUCUCAAGAAGAAAAGUGGGAAAGGCUUGGAAUUACUUGUGGAAGAGCAAGAACUAUUCGGUUUACCAGUGUUGAAGUCACGUAUUUCUCUGGUCAGUGUUGUAAAUUUCUCAUGUAUUUUGCUUUUGUCCUGUCCCCGUGGACGCUAUUUAUUUUUGGUUUUUCAAAGAGAAGAAGAGAUGUACAGGCCCCUGUAAUCUAUGGAUUUUUGUAUCUUUCUCUCGCCUUGUUUGUUCUGGGUAGGAAUACAUGUAUCACAAAAUGUUGUAAUUCAGUGGUUAGAGCCUUUUGUAUGUUAGAUUUAUAUGAGGAGGCUCUAAACAAAACUUUCACACGUUUGAAAGCUAAGCAGGUGAUUUCUGUUC